AUGGAGAUCAUCACCAAAGUUAUCCAUUCCUUGUUAGUGUUGACAGCCUUGCUGGGAAAUCUUUUGGUUUGUCUUACCAUCGUGAAAAACAGGAUUUUAAGAACACCGGUGAAUUAUCUGCUACUGAAUCUUGCCAUAAGUGAUUUGAUGAUCGUAACAUCCUUCACCCUAAGACAUAUCCUUGAGGGAUUAUACCAUCAUCCUCGAGGUUUGCAAGGGAUCAUCUUAUGUAAAAUAAUCACUUCUGAUACAUUUACCUGGGUUGGAGCGGUGUCUUUAGCGAUGACGAUGUUGGUUUUGGCGUACGAGCGAUACGCAGCCAUUACUUUCCCACUUGGAACAACAUCAAAGCUAAGCCACAAAAAACUAAAGAUUUUAAUAGGCCUCGGCUGGUUUCUUUCCGUCAUCUUCAACAUCCCACUAUUUUACGUCAGAGGCCUCAACCAACAGCGUGGACAUUGCGAAAGCCAUUGGGGAAAUGUAACAUUUGCAAUAAGUUACAAUAUUGCCUGGUUAUUCUUUAUUGGAAUAGCACCGUUCUGUUUUAUGGCUUUUUUCUACGGAAAGGUUAUACUGCAUUUAAGACGAGAGGCAGUACCGAGACAACAUGGAUCAUUGGCCGUUACGAAAUCAAGACAGAAAGUCACUAAGAUGCUUUUGAUAAUAACAGCAAUUUACGGAGUUUGCUAUAUUCCAAAUCUGAUUCUUUAUGUUGUAUGGUACUUUGCAUUAGAGGCAGAAGUCAUGUACACGAUAAAUGAGGUUCUUCUUGUUUUGAUAUUAGUAAAUUCAUGUGUAAAUCCCUUUGUUUAUGCCGCACAAAGUCGGAUAUUUAGAAGAAAUAUGAAAAAAAUUGUAUGCUCGUGCGAGCAGUGGUCUAGAAAUCGGGUAAAUACUUCGAUACAUCCCUCCAAAUCACUGAAGACCUUAGAGAUAACUAAUUUGCAGUUGAUAAGCUUUGUGCCUUUAGAUAGCCCCAAAAAGGGAUUGCAAUUCGACAAUUUAGGAAGUUAAUUAACAGUGGAUGAAUUUGAAGUUGAGUGUCGAAGCAAUUUGAAGUUGAGUAUCGAAGUAAUUUGAAGUCGAGUGUCGAAGCAAUUUGAAGCUGAGUGUCUACGGCAAUUCAGGAUUGUACCGAUCUUGGAACACUACCCUUGGUGGUUUGUCAUAAAACUUGUGCCACUCGCUCGACCUAUUGAAUAAAACUUAUCGACAGGAGAACGAAAAAACUUUCAACGCUCAGACACUAAUUGUCGUUAGAAUAUCGUUUAAAUUUGUGGUAAUUCAUUUUACACAUCACGCUGAUACAUUAAUGUAUAUUUGUUAAAAUGUAAGCUUAGUGUUGACCAUCGAUACAAACAGGAAAACUUAGUUAAUAUGUAAUUUGGAUUUGUUAACCAUAUUAUCGAUCAUCAGAUGGAGAAAAAUCCUCCAACGCAAAAGUCGAGAAAAAAGCCCUAAGAAGUCCUUGAACAUACUCUAACGAGACAAGAGCAAUUCAGAGAGCCAAAAGUUUCUCUUUUGUGUCAAUUCAAAAUUAGUUCCUUUAAACUACUUGGAAUUUCCUAAGAUUCUCGCCGGAAAAUAAUACUACAUUAGUAGAUCAUAAGAUAGCAAGUUAGACCAGAUAAAUCAUA